CGCUCUUCCGAAAGUCUUUCGCUAGGGUUCUUGUUCUUUCGCAGACAAAGCGGCAGCGAAGGCCUCCUCGUAGAAUCGAAAAUGGUGAAAGGUCGCCAAGGAGAGCGCGUCAGGCUCUAUGUUCGUGGAACCAUUCUGGGCUACAAGAGGUCGAAGUCGAACCAGUAUCCGAACACGUCACUGAUUCAGAUCGAAGGAGUGAACUCGAAAGAGGAAGUAGGAUGGUACUGCGGGAAGCGAAUGGCGUACAUUUACAAGGCGAAAGUGAAGAAGAAUGGGUCUCAUUAUCGUUGCAUUUGGGGUAAAGUAACAAGGGCUCAUGGUAACAGUGGCAUUGUUCGCGCCAAGUUCAAGUCUAACCUCCCUCCCAAAUCCAUGGGUGAUAAAGUGAGAGUUUUCAUGUAUCCCAGCAACAUUUAAGUGAGAUGGUGUAGAUGCUAGAUAGGCUUUGCAUGCGGAUAGGCGGAGUCGGGAAUGAAUCUCAUUUUAGAGUUAAAUUUUGCUGCUUUGUAUUUGAGAGCUAUAUUACCUAGCUUGCUUUUAUUUCUAUGGUGUUUUUUUGAAACUUUCCUUAUUCCUUACGAUAAUGAAUCAUCAUUAGUUCUUAUAUUGGAAUCUUUGUUAUUGGUACGAUUAUCAGUAUCUGGUUCUUGAAUGACAAUCCAUUUUUUGAAACAUUAA